GUCAUUUUUUCUCAUUAUUAAAAAAUAUUCUUUAUAUUUGGAUUAAAUUAUUGUAGAAAGUGUUUUAAUUAAAUACAAUUUAAAAAAAAACUUUUGAGACAUAAAAAAGCAUAGUUGGGCGAUGAUUUCAUACGGUUUGUAAAAUAGCUCAGAACAAAGUUUAAAAGAAUAAAAACAAAAAAUCAUUUGUGUGGUAUUUGGGCAUUUUAUGUCAACUAUUUCCUACGACUACACACAAUUUUCCUUUUUCUCAAUUUCAAUUUAAUUUUUUUUUGUUCUAUCAAAUUAUCGUGUUCAAAUUGUUAAUUUUGCUGUGUUUUUAGUUUCAUUCGAAUUGUAAAUAGAUCUUGUUUAAGUAAAUAAUAUUUUAACUUUAUAUUAUACUAAAAAAAAAACAACAAGUUCCCCGAGGUGUUGCAUAUUUUCUUUAUUUAAAACUUUUUUCUUUGUUUAAUAUAUAAUAUAUGUUUGUUUGAGUUUAACCUUAGUUGGUUUAAUAAAUUAUUAGAAGAAAAAAAGACAAAUUCUAAAUAAAGUCUUCAGUUGCAUCAACUUUUUCCAUUCAUUAUGGCAAAAAUGUAUGGAAAAGGUAAGACUUCUAUCGAGUCCGACGAUCAACAAAGAUUAAGAUGGCAAGUAGAACUCGAAUUCGUCCAGUGUUUAGCUAAUCCAAAUUAUCUUAACUUUUUAGCUCAACGUGGAUACUUCAAAGACCAAGCUUUUAUUAAUUAUCUCAAAUACCUACAAUAUUGGAAGGAACCAGAAUAUGCCAAAUAUCUAAUGUAUCCAAUGUGCUUGUAUUUUCUCGAUCUACUGCAAUAUGAACAUUUUCGUCGUGAAAUUGUCAAUUCACAGUGCUCCAAAUUUAUUGACGAUCAAGCAAUAUUACUUUGGCAACAUUAUACGAGAAAACGUACAAAACUUUUUGAUGCCGUCAAUGGAACACCACCCGACACAGGAAUGAAUGAUAAUUCUCUAGCAGGUGGUAAUGUUGCAAACUCACAUUUUAUGCAAAAUGGAGUGACAAAUCAACAAAAUGGAAUUGGACCUGGUGGACAAAAAAUAUAGCACUGAAAAGUUAAUUUAUUAAAUAUUAGAUAAUGUUAGAGAUUAGUAAGGCACACUGUAUGCAAAACUAGAUGACAAAUUGGACCUGUUGGAAAAAAAAAAACAAAUUAAAGCACUGAAAAAAAAAUAUCUCAUACAAUGUAUAUAUUAAUGUAUGUAUAUAAUAAUAAAUAAUAUUUUAUAUUAAAAUUUAAUUGAACAUGAAAA